GGAGCCAGGACUCCAGUCAGCAAGCCAAGGCAGCCAGGCAGGAGCCAGGACACCAGCCAGCCAGCCAAGGCAGGCAGGCAGGAGCAAGGACUCCAGCCAGGUAGCCAAGGCAGGCAGGCAGGAGCCAGGACUCCAGCCAGCCAGCCAAGCCAGGCAGGCAGGAGCCAGGACUCCAGUCCGCAAGCCAAUGCAGGCAGGCAGGAGCCAGGACUCCAGCCAGCAAGCCAAGGCAGGCAAGCAAGGACCACGACUACAGGCUGCCAGCCAAGGCAGGCAGGCAGUGGCCAGGAAUCCAGCCAUCCAGUCAAGGCAAACAGGCAGGAGCCAGGACUCCAGCCAGCUAGCCAAGCCAGGCAGGCAGGAGCCAGGACUCCAGUCAGCAAGCCAAUGCAGGCAGGCAGGAGCCAGAACUCCAGCCAGGUAGCCAAGGCAGGCAGGCAGGAGCCAGGACUCCAGCCACCCAGCCAAGGCAGGCAGGCAGUGGUCUGGAAUCCAGCCAGCUAGCCAAGGCAGGCAGACAGGAGCCAGGACUACAGCCAGCUAGCCAAGGCAGGCAGGCAGGAGCCAGGACUCCAGCCAGCCAGCCAAGGCAGGCAGGCAGGAGCCAGGACUCCAGCCAGCCAGCCAAGGCAGGCAGGCAGGAGCCAGGACUCCAGCCAGCCAGCCAAGGUAGGCAGGCAGGAGCCAGGACUCCAGCCAGCCAGCCAAGGCAGCCAGGCAGGAGCCAGGACUCCAGCCAGCAAGACAAGGCAGGCAAGCUAGGACCACGACUACAGGCUGCCAGACAGGGCAGGCAGGCAGUGGCCAGGACUCCAGCCAGCCAGAUAUGGCAGGCAGGCAGGAGCCAGGACUCCAGCCAGCUAGCCAAGGCAGGCAGGCAGGAGCCAGGACUCCAGUCAGCCAGCCAAGGCAGGCAGGCAGGGGCCCGGUAUCCAGCCAGCCAGCCAAGGCAGGCAGGCAGGGGUCAGGACUCCAGCCAGGUUGCCAAGGCAGGCAGGCAGGAGCCAGGACUCCAGCCAUCCAGCCAAGGCAGGAAGGAAGGAGCCAGGACUCCAGCCAGCCAGCCAAGGCAGGCAGGCAGGAGCCAGGACUCCAGACAGCAAUCAAGUGCAGGCAGGCAGGGGCCCGGACUCCAGCCAGCCAGCCAAGGCAGGCAGGCAGGGGCCAGGACUCCAGCGAGCUAGCCAAGGCAGGCAGGCAGGAGCCAGGACUCCAGCCAGCCUACCACGGCAGCAAGGCAGGAGCCAGGACUCCAGCCGGCAAGCAAAGGCAGGCAAGCAAGGACCACGACUACAGGCUGCCAGACAACGCAGGCAGGCAGUGGCCAGGACUCCAGCCAGCCAGACAUGGCAGGCAGGCAGGAGCCAGGACUCCAGCCAGCAAGCCAAUGCAUGCAGGCAGGAGCCAGGACUCCAGCCAGUUAGCCAAGGCAGGCAGGCAAGAGCCAGGACUCCAGCCAGCUAGCCAAGGCAGCCAGGCAGGAGCCAGGACUCCAGCCAGGAAGCCAAGGCAGGCAGGCAGGAGCCAAGACUCCAGCCAGCCAGCCAAGGCAGGCAGGCAGGGGCCCGGACUCCAGCCAGCCAGCCAAGCCAGGCAGGCAGGGGCCAGGACUCCAGUCAGCCAGCCAAGGCAGGCAGGCAGGAGCCAAGACUCCAGCCAGCCAGACACGGCAGGCAGGCAGGAGCCAGGACUCCAGUCAGCAAGCCAAGGCAGCCAGGCAGGAGCCAGGACACCAGCCAGCCAGCCAAGGCAGGCAGGCAGGAGCAAGGACUCCAGCCAGGUAGCCAAGGCAGCCAGGCAGGAGCCAGGACUCCAGCCAGCCAGCCAAGCCAGGCAGGCAGGAGCCAGGACUCCAGUCCGCAAGCCAAUGCAGGCAGGCAGGAGCCAGGACUCCAGCCAGCAAGCCAAGGCAGGCAAGCAAGGACCACGACUACAGGCUGCCAGCCAAGGCAGGCAGGCAGUGGCCAGGAAUCCAGCCAGCCGGACAUGGCAGGCAGGCAAGAGCCAGGACUCCAGCCAUCCAGUCAAGGCAGGCAGGCAGGAGCCAGGACUCCAGCCACCUAGCCAAGGCAGGCAGGCAGGAGCCAGGACUCCAGUCAGCAAGUCAAUGCAGGCAGGCAACAGCCAGGACUCCAGCCAGGUAGCCAAGGCAGGCAGGCAGGAGCCAGGACUCCAGCCAGCCAGCCAAGGCAGCCAGGCAGGGGCCCGGACUCCAGCCAGCCAGCCAAGGCAGGUAGGCAGGGGCCAGAACUCCAGUCAGCAAGCCAAGGCAGCCAGGCAGGAGCCAGGACUCCAGCCAUCCAGUCAAGGCAGGCAGGCAGGAGCCAGGACUCCAGCCAGCUAGCCAAGCCAGGCAGGCAGGAGCCAGGACUCCAGUCAGCAAGCCAAUGCAGGCAGGCAGGAGCCAGAACUCCAGCCAGGUAGCCAAGGCAGGCAGGCAGGAGCCAAGACUCCAGCCAGCCAGCCAAGGCAGGCAGGCAGGGGCCCGGACUCCAGCCAGCCACCCAAGCCAGGCAGGCAGGGGCCAGGACUCCAGUCAGCCAGCCAAGGCAGGCAGGCAGGAGCCAAGACUCCAGCCAGCCAGACACGGCAGGCAGGCAGGAGCCAGGACUCCAGUCAGCAAGCCAAGGCAGCCAGGCAGGAGCCAGGACACCAGCCAGCCAGCCAAGGCAGGCAGGCAGGAGCAAGGACUCCAGCCAGGUAGCCAAGGCAGCCAGGCAGGAGCCAGGACUCCAGCCAGCAAGCCAAGGCAUCCAGGCAGGAGCCAGGACUCCAGCCAGCAAGCCAAGGCAGGCAGGCAGUGGUCUGGAAUCCAGCCAGCUAGCCAAGGCAGGCAGACAGGAGCCAGGACUACAGCCAGCUAGCCAAGGCAGGCAGGCAGGAGCCAGGACUCCAGCCAGCCAGCCAAGGCAGGCAGGCAGGAGCCAGGACUCCCGUAAGCAAGCCAAGGUAGGCAGGCAGGAGCCAGGACUCCAGCCAGCCAGCCAAGGCAGCCAGGCAGGAGCCAGGACUCCAGCCAGCAAGCCAAGGCAGGCAAGCUAGGACCACGACUACAGGCUGCCAGACAGGGCAGGCAGGCAGUGGCCAGGACUCCAGCCAGCUAGCCAAGGCAGGCAGGCAGGAGCCAGGACUCCAGUCAGCCAGCCAAGGCAGGCAGGCAGGGGCCCGGUAUCCAGCCAGCCAGCCAAGGCAGGCAGGCAGGAGCCAGGACUCCAGCCAGGUAGCCAAGGCAGGCAGGCAGGAGCCAGGACUCCAGCCAUCCAGCCAAGGCAGGAAGGAAGGAGCCAGGACUCCAGCCAGCCAGCCAAGGCAGGCAGGCAGGAGCCAGGACUCCAGACAGCAAUCAAGUGCAGGCAGGCAGGGGCCCGGACUCCAGCCAGCCAGCCAAGGUAGGCAGGCAGUGGCCAGGACUCCUGUCAGCCAGCCAAGGCAGGCAGGCAGGGGCCAGGACUCCAGCCAGCUAGCCAAGGCAGGCAAGCAAGGACCACGACUACAGGCUGCCAGACAACGCAGGCAGGCAGUGGCCAGGACUCCAGCCAGCCAGACAUGGCAGGCAGGCAGGAGCCAGGACUCCAGCCAGCUAGCCAAGGCAGGCAGGCAGGAGCCAGGACUCCAGUCAGCAAGCCAAUGCAUGCAGGCAGGAGCCAGGACUCCAGCCAGUUAGCCAAGGCAGGCAGGCAAGAGCCAGGACUCCAGCCAGCUAGCCAAGGCAGCCAGGCAGGAGCCAGGACUCCAGCCAGGAAGCCAAGGCAGGCAGGCAGGAGCCAGGACUCCAGCCAUCCAGCCAAGGCAUGAAGGCAGAAGCCAGGACUCCAGCCAGCCAGCCAAGGCAGGCAGGGAGGGUCCCGGACUCCAGCCAGCCAGCCAAGGCAGGCAGGCAGGGGCCAGGACUCCAGCCAGGUAGCCAAGGCAGGCAGGCAGGAGCCAGGACUCCAGCCAGGUAGCCAAGGCAGCCAGGCAGGAGCCAGGACUCCAGACAGCAAUCGAAUGCAGGCAGGCAGGAGCCAGGACUCCAGCAGGGUAGCCAAGGCAGGCAGGCAAGAGCCAGGACUCCCGCCAGGUAACCAAGGCCGGCAGGCAGGAGCCAGGACUCCAGUCAUCCAGCCAAGGCAGGCAGGCAGGGGCCACAACCACAGCCAGCCAGCCAAAAGAGGCAGGCAGGGUCCACAGUUUCAGCUAGCCAGCCAAGGCAGGCAGGCAGGAGCCAGGACUCCAGCCAGGUAUCCAAGGCAGGGAGGCAGGAACCAGGACUCCAGUCAGCAAGCCAAUGCAGGCAGGCAGGAGCCAGGACUCCAGCCAGGUAGCCAAGACAGCCAGGCAGGAGCCAGGACUCCAGCCAGCCAGCCAAGGCAGGCAAGCAAGGACCACGAUUAGAGGCUGCCAGACAAGGCAGGCAGGCAGUGGCCAGGACUACAGCCAGCCAGACAUGGCAGACAAGGACGGCCACGGUUCCAACAAGCAAGCCAAGGCAGGCAGGCAGGGGCCACAAGCACAGCCAGCAAGACAAAAGAGGCAGGCAGGGUCCACAGUUCCAGCUAGCCAGCCAAGGCAGGCAGGCAGGAGCCAGGACUCCAGCCAUCCAGUCAAGGCAGGCAGGUAGGCAGGAGCCAGGACUCUAGCCACCCAGCCAAGGCAGCCAGGCAGGAGCCAGGACUCCAGCCAUCCAGCCAAGGCAGUAAGGCAGGGGCCCGGACUCCAGCCAGCCAGCCAAGGUAGGCAGGCAGGGGCCAGGACUCCUGUCAGCAAGCCAAGGCAGGCAGGCAGGAGCCAGGACUCCAGUCAGCAAGCCAAGGCAGCCAGGCAGGAGCCAGGACUCCAGCCAGCCAGCCAAGGCAGGCAAGCAAGGACCACGACUACAGGCUGCCAGACAAGGCAGGCAGGCAGUGGCCAGGACUCCAGCCAGCCAGACAUGGCAGGCAGGCAGGAGCCAGGACUCCAGCCAGCUAGCCAAGGCAGGCAGGCAGGAGCCAGGACUCCAGCCAGCCAGCCAAGGCAGGCAGGCAGGAGCCAGGACUCCAGCCAGCCUACCACGGCAGCCAGGCAGGAGCCAGGACUCCAGCCAGCAAGCCAAGGCAGGCAAGCAAGGACCACGACUACAGGCUGCCAGACAAGGCAGGCAGGCAAGAGCCAGGACUCCAGCCAGCUAGCCAAGCCAGGCAGGCAGGAGCCAGGACUCCAGUCAGCAUGCCCAUGCAGGCAGGCAGGAGCCAGGACUCUAGCCAGGUAGCCAAGGCAGGCAGGCAGGAGCCAGGACUCCAGUAAGCAACCCAAGGCAGGCAGGCAGGAGCCAGGACUCCAGCCAGCCAGCCAAGGCAGGCAGGCAGGAGCCAGGACUCCAGCCAGCCUACCACGGCAGCCAGGCAGGAGCCAGGACUCCAGCCAGCAAGCCAAGUCAGGCAAUCUAGGACCACGACUACAGGCUGCCAGACAAGGCAGGCAGGCAGUGGCCAGGACUCCAGCCAGCCAGACAUGGCAGGCAGGCAGGAGCCAGGACUCCAGCCAGCUAGACAAGGCAGGCAGGCAGGAGCCAGGACUCCAGUCCGCAAGCCAAUGCAGGCAGGCAGGAGCCAGGACUCCAGCCAGGUAGCCAAGGCAGGCAGGCAGGAGCCAGGACUCCAGCCAGCCAGCCAAGGCAGGCAGGCAGGGGCCAGGACUCCAGCCAGCCAGCCAAGGCAGGCAUGCAGGGGCCAGGACUCCAG